AUGACUGGGGCAGCAGUGUCAUUUUGCCUGGAUCGCCUGGUAGAUGACCUGAAGCAUGAGCUGAACCAGGUGAGGGUCGACGAGGGAUGCUCUCCGUCAUCUGACGGCUCUCCUCCAACAUGCUCCUCGUCCUGGUCUACCUGGCUGCACUCAGCCAGCUGUCUGCUGCAGGAUUUUACCCAGCUGAUUGAUGGUGUCUCACAGGUUGACAGGAUCACAAAAAAAAGAUUAUACAGAGACAUUGGUGCAUGCAGACAUUCAGGUGCUGUUUAUAAACCCAACACCACGACUUGUAAUCCAGACAACUCCAGUGUAACCUGUAGUUCUCUCUUAGAAGUGACCGUUAACCCCUGUGGAGGAGUGUGCAAGUGCCCAGAAGUGGCCACAAACAUCACUUGCACCGUGACCGGCUCCACUGUUAUCAAUUUCUUUGGCAAUGCUACCUCCAUCCCAGAUCGCUGUGCUUACACUCUGAUAUCACAUUCGGGUGUGCAGCUGCUCGCUGUUUUCCAGGACCGCCGCCGUAAAGAUGUUAGUCUUUUGGACCAUGUGAUCCUGCGUAUGGAUGGACCGGGUGUCAACAUUAGCCUGGGACAAGGCGGCUCCUUGGUCAUGUGA